AUGUCAGCAUUUAGCUUUAUAAACGAACCUCUACUGAAAAGCAACCGAACAUCAAACAAGAAUGCGUUAGAGAACGACAGAAAAAUAAAGCAAGAAAGAACAGGUUAUCAACAACCUGGACAAGCAUCAAACUCAUUAUUCAUCUACAGAGAUACCAAAGAUGAUCCAUUCGAUGAUCAUAACAGCCGCAAUAGCUCAACCUCGUCAUUAAACAAAGACAGUGAUUCAUGCAGCAGAAACUUCAAAUCAUUAUUCCCAUUCAUUGACCAGGACAGCAACGCCAAGCCUACUUCGUAUGUUGCGAAGCACCAACCACUGAAAUUCUCAUCCUCCUUCAUCAUGGAAGACUUUAUGGAUAGUGAUGAAGAUCGAGUGAGCAGUAAAUCUGACAAAAAUACGAAGAAAGAAAAUACCAGCAACUACUCUGCUCUUAUGGAGAAGUACCCUUCUACGUUUGUCGACAAGAAGCGAAAUGGAUCUCGGAAAGGAAAAGGAAAGUUGACUCAAAGCAUGUUGGACGAUUCCGUUUCGUCAGACCGAAUAGAGGGACGAGCGCCUUUAAUCAAAUCUGCAUUUGAUUUUAUAAACCAAGAUGCAAUUAAUACUACAUCGCCAUCAUUGUUGGAAGAGGAGGAGGUGCAUGUCACGUCGAAAUCAAUCAUCAAGCCAGAUAAAGAGACAAUUCUUUUGCAAGCUUCAACUCGUUGGCAGAAGAUACAAAAGAAAAAAUCAUUGCAGAUGCAGCGAAUAAGAAAGCAUUAUGAAGAUCAAAUCAAAUACCAAAAAAUGGCGCAUGAGAUGAAAGACGCAAUCCGCAAUAAUGAUCAUAAAAAGCAACAGGCAGUAGAUUCAGAGAACUAUGAGGUAGCGCACAAGUAUGCGAUUCAAGGCGAAAAGAUGGAGAGAGACUAUACGGAUUUUGUAUCUCGAAAUUUCCAAGAUCAAAUUCGAAAAGAAUGGGAGCAGUUGAUUCAUAUUCUUCAACAAGAAUCACAAGAUGCGGAAAACAUGGCGAAAUGCUGCCAAGAAGUAAAAGAUGAGCGUCGACGUCGUUUUGAGACAUUUGCAGCGGAUAAAGAGCGUUUACACAGAGAAACAGUAAAACAAAUGGAGCAACAAAGAGCGGCUAUCGAGAGUGAAAAAUCAGAAAUCGCUUUUGAUUUGGACAUGUGGAGCCAAAAUCACACUGAUCUAGAUGAACGCAUGGAGGAAGCUGUGCAAGCAGAGGUCAAAAGAAAAAAAUCAUUGGAGGCUACAUCUACAACUAUUCAGCUUAGUAUCGAUGAAUUGAGACAGAGAGUAAAGCAAUUAGAGUCUGAACAACUGGCAGUGACUAAGGAACUGCAAGACGUGGAAGCUGUCAUCAAGGACAAAUUGGAAGUGUUCAGAGAGGAAGUUGAGGAGGAUAGUACUGAGAAAAAGGCAAUCGACGCACGUCAGAAAGAAAUUCAACAUAAACUGAUCUCACUGGGUGAGAAAGAUGCCAAAAUCGAAAGAGACAUGGAGGAUCAAAAGGCAACUCAACAGUUGAACGAUCAAGAGCUCGAUCAUUUGCUUACACAGAUGGGACAGGCAAACGAAAGAGCGCAAUCCAGCAAAACAGAGCAAAGCAUUCUUCAGAAUUUGUUAAAUUCCGUAAUUGAGAAACGAGAUCAGACGGUCGCACAACAUAAUGCUUUGAUUAGAAGAUCUCGGGAAUCCAUUGCCCGUAAAAGUAGAGAGAUUAAGUUAAUUCAAGCUGAACUUUAUCAGUACAAACAAGCAUGCAUAGAUUUGGAAGAAAAUAUUACUAAAAUCACUAUCAAAUUGAAAAAUUUCGAAAAACUCAAAAGGCUGGCCAUUGAAAAUGGUCAAUUCGAAAAGGCAGGAGCAUUAUCUUUAAAAAUCAAAGCAGCACAGUCGUAUUUGGUGAAAUUGGAGGAGAGCAGAGACAAUCAAGAUGGUGUUUUGUUUGUGAAUGAUCGGCUGGCUGAAGCAAAAAGAGAAUUAAAUAUGAUGGAACAAGAGCUGACUAUAUUGAAAAAUGAACAGACAAAAGAACUAGGGUUGGUUCUAGAGCAACUCGAACAACAGUUGAAUGAAACGCUUCGAGAUGAAUCGUUGAAAAAAUACAAUGCACUUGUUACCUUUGCAAAAUGUGAACUGCAAUCAAUUAAUACGCAAUUAUCCGACUAG